AUCUCUCUCGUCUCUUCGAACACUGCAAAAACCACUUACAGAUUCGAAUAACAGAGCAAUUUCUUCCCAAUUCACUCUCAUUUCUCUAACUUCUCCCUUGAUCCCAUUCUCUUUACAUAAUCCGUUUCAAGAUUCAUCUUCUUCAAUCCCUGAUUUUCUCAAUUAGGAGACCAGUCGAUUUCACUUCCACCUCCUCUGUUCUGAAAAUCCCCUGUUUUUGUUUCUUCUCCUCUGUUUUAUAAUGGUGAGCCAAAACGUCGUCGUAUCAGACGCCAAGUCUGGAAUCAUCACGGUAUCCACCGUCUCAAACUCCUCGGUAUUUACUCCGUCCGCUCAAAAACCACCGACUGCUCCUGGUCACAUAUCAAUUUCCAAGAAAAAAAUCCUCAAAAACCUCGAAAUCAAUGGCGCUCAAAGUCAGAGACUCAACUCUUGGGUUGACUCCAUGAGAGCUUCUUCUCCUACCCAUCUCAAAUCACUUCCUUCUCUUUCCUCACAAGAAGAGCUCAAUUCUUGGAUUAAACGACAUCCAUCUGCACUAGACAUGUUCGAACGAAUCAUCGAAGCUUCGAGAGGAAAGCAAAUCGUCAUGUUUCUUGAUUAUGACGGUACUCUUUCUCCAAUCGUCGAUGAUCCAGACCGAGCUUUCAUAUCCAGCAAGAUGAGAAGAACAGUGAAAAAAGUGGCCAAGUGUUUUCCAACUUCUAUAGUUACUGGUAGAUGCAUAGACAAGGUUUAUAGCUUUGUGAAGCUCGCAGAACUGUAUUAUGCUGGAAGCCAUGGAAUGGAUAUUAAAGGCCCAACAAAAGGGUUUUCUAGAUAUAAUAAGGAUAAACCAUCUGUUCUUUACCAACCAGCCGGCGACUUUCUUCCCAUGAUCGACGAGGUUUUUAAACAACUAGUGGAGAGAACCAAAUCAACUGCGGGAGCCAAAGUAGAGAACAACAAGUUUUGUCUUUCUGUGCACUUCCGUUGUGUCGACGAGAAGAAAUGGAGCGAAUUGGCUUUAAAAGUUCGGUCGGUGGUACAGAACUACCCGACAUUGAAAUUGUCCCAAGGUCGGAAGGUUUUUGAAAUCCGACCUAUGAUUAAAUGGGACAAAGGCAAGGCUCUUGAGUUUUUGUUAGAGUCGCUUGGAUUUGAAAAUUCUAACGAUGUAUUUCCGAUUUACAUUGGUGAUGAUCGAACCGAUGAAGAUGCUUUUAAGCUACUGCAAGAGAGAGGACAAGGCUUCGGUAUUCUUGUCUCCAAGUUCCCCAAAGACACCAAUGCGUCGUAUUCUUUGCAAGACCCACCCGAGGUGAUGGAUUUCUUGAGACGGUUGGUGGAGUGGAAACAAAAUUCAGCAAUGAACGUGAACAAUGGAGUAACUUUAGUAUAAAAAUAAUCAUUACCAUAGGUGCAUAUAUAUAUAUAUAUAGUUGAUGAUAUGUAUCAAUGGAUAUCCCUAACCUAUAAUGGAGCCUUGUACAAGAUAUGUAAGGGCACAAUUUUAAUAUGCCCUAUUUAGAUUGAUCUUGUUCAUCAUAAUUCCUUUGUUUUAGAAAAAGAUGAACAAGAACUUUUAUCUGAUUGGGGAUAUAUUUUUCUUUCUUUUUCUAAGCCUUCAAACUAUAUUGCUUGAAGGCAGUUUUUACCUUGUAAACCAAAGAAAUAGACGAUUAUAAAGGAAGGGGUAUAUAUACCUUUUGUAAAA